AUGGAGCAGUGGGCGUCUGGGUACGGCAUUCAGGAGAACCAGCUCGUACAGACCAUGCCAUAUAUAUUGGAAGGAGCCGCCAUAGACUGGUGGAACACCACUCCAACCAAGAUAAACACAUGGAAGCAGCUGACAACAGAACUACUGGAGUACUUCCUGCCUCCAAGGUACGAGGAACAGCUAAGAACGCAGAUCGCACAGCUGAAACAGCGUGAUUCAGAACCGGUGAGGGAAUACGCGAUGGGACUAAGAAAGCUGAUGCGAUUCACGAAGCUGUCAGAAGAAGAGAAGCUCGACCGCAUAUUUAACAACUGUAGGAGCAAGAUCAAGCUCUACACGCGGAGAUCAGGAUUUAGGUCGCUGACGGAGUUCCUCAAACUAGCAGAGGAAGUGGAGGAGAUCGGAGGCAGCGGACCAGCCGCGACACAACCAACCAGCACAGCAACAAAUACGGCCUCUAACCAC